CGGGCACCAUGGGCUGCUGCACCGGGCGCUGUGCGCUCAUCGGCCUCUGCGCGCUGCAGCUGCUCUCAGCAUUAGAGAGGCAGAUCUUUGACUUCCUCGGCUUCCAAUGGGCGCCCAUCCUUGGAAAUUUUCUACAUAUAAUAGUCGUCAUAUUGGGUUUGUUUGGAACCAUUCAGUACAGACCUCGAUAUAUCGUGGUGUAUACAGUAUGGACUGCCCUCUGGGUCACCUGGAAUGUGUUCAUUAUCUGCUUCUAUUUGGAAGUAGGUGGGCUCUCUAAGGAUACAGAUCUAAUGACAUUCAACAUCUCUGUACACCGGUCGUGGUGGCGGGAACACGGGCCUGGCUGUGUCCGAAGAGUGUUGCCCCCGUCAGCCCACGGCAUGAUGGACGAUUACACGUAUGUCUCCGUCACUGGCUGCAUCGUCGACUUCCAGUACCUGGAGGUCAUCCACAGUGCCGUCCAAAUACUACUCUCUUUGGUUGGUUUUGUGUAUGCCUGUUAUGUGAUCAGUAUUUUCAUGGAAGAAGAGGACACCUUUGAUUUCAUAGGUGGACUUGACGCACACUCCUACUACCAGGAUCAUGUUGAGUUAAAGCCUGUUCAUCUGUCGAAAUAAGUAAUGACGCUGACUCUGAAAAUGCCGCUGCUGAACUUGACUUAGGAAGCAAAGCACCAAUGACAGCACCUCUCUGCAUUGACACGUCUCACUUUCUUCCAGACGAUGGACUGCACCUCCCCGCUUUCCCACGAAUCACAGAGUUGUCCAGGCACAGCCUAUGUGUUAUUAGCAUUGUUCGCUAGAUGAGUUGUAGGUGCUUGGGUGGGUAUUUUUUUAGUCAUUUCCUUCUUAUAUGAAUACUUGUAAAUUGUACCCCAAAAUCGGUUUUUAAUCUUUUAGCAAUAUUUAAUGUGAGGCAUGCAAAAUGAAAAACAUUCUGUGAAAACCUUCCACAGUCAAUUCUAAGAGAAAUGUGGGUUUGUGUAGUUGAGAUGUCAAGUCCCCAUUGCUGACUGCGGUGGUCUCAGGCCUGACGGGGGUUCUCAUAGUGGACGUUACCCGGGGUUCCUCGGCAGGAAGUUAGAUGCGGUGACAGCUGAUAAAUGGGUACAGAUAGUGGAUGGGGCUUUCAGACUGAGUACAGAUCAUUUUUUCAACACCACAAGACAAAAUAGAGAGUCCUCCUUUGUUCUCAACUUUCCAAAACCCAGAAUCAUAUUAUGGCAAUCUAAAUGUUCAGAUACAUGCAUGACAUCUUGUUCUUCCUAUGUUCUGAAAAAAUAUAUAUCAUGGGUGUAUGAAAGAGUGAAAUGACCAGUAGAACACCUUUCCCAUUUGGAGGGAAUCUGGUAUCUCUGAGAUUCAGAUUUUCUACCCUUUAUCCCAGUCCUGACACUGGCGUCAGACCUAAAUAUACAGCUUAUAGGUUUAUGGGACAGAAAUCACAACCAUAAAUCUGUGAUCGGGAAUGUUGCUCGUAAGAUAUUCCAAAAAGUAUUAAAAUGGUGUAGAAUUCUCUAUAAUACUUCUAAAGAAGAUGUUUAUAUUUGUUCUGAAUCAACUUUUCUUUCUCCUACUCCAUCCCAAGAACCAAGAAAGUAAUAUGGGAAACAUAAUAUUCCAUGGGAAAAGGACUGUUGAAAACAUAUCACAGUUUUUUCCUUCAUAUCUUUCAAUUAUUAUUUCCCAUAUCAAAGUAAGCUUUGCUCACUUUGUGUAACAACCAAGAUGAGGCCUCCUAUAGGGCCCGAAAUUGUGUAUACAUGCAGUAUUUAAUCCAGAAGUUAACUUGGCCCAUACAUCUCUAAGUCAGUCUACAAACCAUCUUAAAUUGUGUCCAAUUUUUUGUAUGUGUGUAGAGGUUUUUUUUUUUUUUUCCUUCUUCUUUGAAGCCCAUAUAUUUUAUGAGAUUCUUUUAAGAAUAAAAUUUAUGCAGUAAAGUCUGCCCUGGUCCCUCCCAGUUCAUGACAGACACCGUGGGCUUUCUGGAGGCCUGUUUUACUCACAGCCUCUGCACUGUGCCCUGUCAGUCGGCUGACACUCACUGAAUCCCAUCACUUUUCAUUCCACUGAAUAAACCCAAAUUCAAAAUGAAGAGGAGGUAGCAGGGACUGGGGAGAAGGGCCAGUCCAAGCCGGCUUGUA